AUGUACGACAGCUCCGAAAAGCAGAUGGUGACACGAACAAAGAAAAUUUUCGUCGGUGGAUUAUCUGCUUCUACUGUUCAGGCGGACCUGACCGCUUACUUCUCGAAAUACGGAAAGGUGGAAGAAGCGAUGCUUAUGUUCGACCGGCAGACAAAUCGCCACCGAGGCUUCGGUUUCGUCACUUUUGACAGUGAGGACGCUGUUGAAAACGUAGUGGAGAUCCACUACCACGAAAUCAACAACAAAACUGUAUGCUUGCCCGGGGUUUACUUGAACCCGAUGCUAUCCAGCCAGAUGUCCUAUCAAUUCACCAAUCUACCACUUUUUGGCAACUACGGCGCCAUCCACUACAACCCGGCGGCGGCAGCGCUGACCAACGCCGUCGGGGCCAAUUCCUCUGGAACGGACGCCAGCAGAAACGGUCUUAAUUAUCAAACAAUGAGCACGAAUGAUAUUCAAAACUAUAUCGCUCAGUCGCAGCAACUGUCGCUCAUGUCGAAUCAACCCUUAAUGGCGCCGCUCAAUAUUUCCAACGUCUACCAGUGA